ACAGAUAAGCUGAAUGCUGUUCGUGUCUCCGUGAAAGUGCCUUGAUGUACGCAGUGUACAGCCUGACGGCUGCCGUGCGGCAUGCAGAGCCCCAUGGAAGCCCCCUGAACUGAAUCUCCACCGCGGGGUACGAGUCCGACUCGACAGUCCGCCUGCCGCCGCGCAUUAUGCUUGUCCGGCUGUGCGGGUGCUGCUGCGGUCCUGCCUCUUCCUCACCUGGACCUGCGCAAAGCCUCCGUACUGAUGCACCAGAGCUUUUAAAAGACGCGGCGGCACGGCAGCUUCACGAGGGAUGCGCGCGAGGUGUGCUCUCCGCUUGCAGAUGGGACACAGUGCGGCAUCUGCAAACGCCGUCUUUAUGCGUUUUAUAUUCUCUGUUUAGCUGCUCACUUAGAUAAGCCGUUCAUUGGCUUCACGGAAGGCAGGCCUCUCACCCACGUCCGGAGCAGCACACAGCGGCCAGCGGGUUCCUGAGACAGCAGAAAGCAGAGGUGGAGGCGGAAGUGGUCGUCAUGGCGACCCCGGAACCCCUGACGCCUCUCUCGCGGUGGUACCUCUACGCCAUCCACGGCUACUUCUGCGAGGUGAUGUUCACGGCCGCCUGGGAGUUCGUGGUCCACUGCAACUGGAAGUUCCCCGGCGUCACCAGCGUGUGGGCACUCUUCAUCUACGGCACGUGCAUCCUGAUUGUGGAGCGCAUGUACCUGCAGCUGCGGCUCCGCUGCCCGGUGCUCCUGCGCUGCGUCAUCUACACGUUGUGGACGUACCUGUGGGAGUUCGGCACGGGGUUGCUCCUGCGCCAGUUCGACGCCUGCCCGUGGGACUACUCCCAGUUCCGCUACAACUUCAUGGGCCUGAUCACCGCUGAGUACGCCCUGCCCUGGUUCUGCGCCUCCUUUAUCGUGGAGCGGCUGGUCAUCCGCAAUACGCUGCGGCUCCGCUUCGAUGAGCACGCUGACCUGCCCGGCGGCGACUGCCUCUCAGCCGUCGCCGGGGGGGCCGCGGGUACCGCCAAUGGGUACGUGAAGGUGGACUGAGGGUUGACCCCCCCACCCUGGCUCCCUUCUCCCUCGCAGACGCCCCGAUUCUCUACACCCGCUGUGCUGGGGAGAAGAAGCGCCUUGGAGUUUGGGGUGGGGGCCUCAAACGAGAACCUUUGCUGAGGUUCAGGUCCACCAUGUUUUUGCAGGAAGAACUAUACAGUCUUACCUGUCCUAGAGACAAGCAAGGGGGCAGUCAGCCCCCACAACCCUGAAAAAAGUGAAUGCGGAUACAAAGUUGUAUCUGAUUGGAUGAGAUAAAACCUCAGCAACAAAUUAUCUAUAGUUAUACUGGAAAAAAGUAUAUGCAUUCAAAAGGAAUAUCAAUCUUUUAGAAGAGUAGCGUAGUAGACUUGGCAAAAAUAUUCUAGUAUGAAUUUUUAAUUUUUGGAGAUGUAUGUAUUAUUUAUUAAUAUUUAUCAAAAGCAGUCAUGUAGCUUCAGAUGGUUGAUAUGAGGUAAAUAUUUACAGUUUUACUCAGAUUCCAUCCACAAUCAGCGCUUAAUACUUGAACUGAGUUUCCAAAAUAUAUUUUUUUCUUUUUAAAAACAACAAAAAAAAAAUUAUGGAACCUUCGAUGCUUGAAAAUGCAUGGCAUAUGGUGAGUGCCCCCCCUUCUUAUACGGCAGGAUAUUUGAAAACUUUCAAGGAAGCUGAUAGAUUUUUUUUUUUCCCGAUAAUUUUUUCGAAAUCAUGUGAAAGUACGGUGUAGUAAUAAUAAUAAUAAUAAUAAUAAAAUAAACCAAGAUCAGGAGUGUGUUACUUAGUUAAAUUAAAAUCAUCGUACGUGUAAUAAAUCACAGGAGAGGAGAGGGAAAAUGCAAAAUAUGUAAUGUUUUGGUUUUCAGAGAAUGCAGCUUGUGUAACCAUAAGAAAAACAAUGGUAUUUCAGUUGUUUCAACUGAGUAGUCCCAGUUCUACUCAAGGUGAGGAACUACUUUAGAAUCCCUAGUGUAAUCUACUCAGUACCUAUAGUAACUACUGAACCAGUUAAUGAACUUUUAAAAACUUUUUUAAAACUUCCUGUGAAAAAACCCCUAUUGUUUUAGUGCUGUGACUUAGGCGAAUUCCGAACAUCCUGUAAAAUUUAAGAACAUGAUUGUCUCUCGUCUGGAUAACAACCAAAUGCUGUCAAUCCCAAUAAUUGGUCUUGAUUUCGGAUUCUCGAGUUGGUUCUCAGGUUUAAACCAGGUUUAAUGAUUUUGGCACUUUCUAAUAACAUGCUCUGUAAAACGCUUUGUCCACUUUAUUAAUUCCAUGGAUCUUUAGGGACAACGUCUUUAUUAGCCUGACCAUAUAACUGUGGUCACGCAAAAAAGAUUUGCUUGUAUUCUGUGUCUCUUUUAUGGUGGUGUGUUUUGUCUCGUUUUUACCCCUCAGUCUCUGAGGAAGUGUUUUAUGUGGUGUUUUGCAUUUUGUUGUUUCAAGCGAGUUAGUGAAAACAAGGAGAAUAAACCGGCUUUGUUCCCCGAAUCCACUCUCACAUGCCACUUCCCAUAUUCUGAUGCAAAUUUUUUUAUUUCCUUCUGAAAAGUGUCACACUGUUGGCUUUUGAAGUUUGUCAAACUUGCUGAAUGAGUUCCUGUUCUCAUCUUAGUUAUUGUUUGGAUGUUAACUUCACUGCCAGUGGCAUUUAACUUACUAUUUACAUUUACAUUUUACUUUCUUGUGUGUCAUGUCUGGAAAACUCUUAAGGCUAUAGAACCUGGUGGGAAUCACACAUUACAGGCAUUUUUUUAUUGGAUGUAUAUUUACUCACCGAAUAAUCUAAUGUAUUUCAUGAAAUUAUCUUUCAACAGAGCAAUAUUAGGGAAAAAAAAUAUUUUCAAAUAUUUGUUUUUGUUUAAACUGGGGGGGACACUGUGUGCAUGUACAACAGAAAAACAGCUUCUUCAGUAUUAUUUCUAUAACGAUAAAUUGGUUGGUUUAAAUGAAAAUUUCAUAUAGUGUUUGCAUUUUUUUUGAGGAGUGCAGAUAUUUAAAGGCUGUGGUGCAAGAGAAAUACGAUACUGUAUAUACGAGUUUGUGUGAGUGUGAGUGUGUGUUUUUAUUUUUUGGAAUAAAAUGAUAAAAUUAAUCUUUGUCUCAAAUAAAUCACAUAUCAGCAA